GAAAGCAACAAGAAAAGCACUGUCCAGUCUGCAACUACAGAAUUAGGAGGUUCUUAUAUGAGUGUAGCUAAAACACACUACUAUCAAACCAAACAAAGGCCUAAGUCUGCAAACCAUGACUCAGUUUCAGAAUCUCUUAUGGAGCUUAGAAAUAAUGCUUUGAAACCGAUAAUCCUGCAUCAUCCCAAAGAAGGUCUAGACAGGGUGACAUCAGAAACCAGAACAUGUACUUAUGAACCUUCAGAAAGAAAACCAGUGGAUACAACGUCAAAAGAAAAAGCUGCAACAGAAGAACUACAGAUGAAGGAAUGUUCACACCCUAAGCCUAUUCCUUCUAGUCAGUGUUGUGUUCGUAGGCUUUCUGAAAAUGAAGAUCAUAUUUAUGAAAGCCAUUCCUCAAGCAUGGCCCCUCAGUGUUCUAGAACACACCCAGAAUCAUGCAGUUAUUGUGGGCAUUCUUGGGAAUUUCUCAUGCAUGCCAGAAGGGCACUGCAAACCAGUGAAAUUGAUGUCAAAAAGCAACUCUCAGAAGAUAGAAGGCAACAACUAGUGCUUCAGAAAAUAGAACUGGAAAUUGAAAAGGAACGCCUUCAACAUCUGUUGGCUCAGCAGGAGACAAAGCUUCUCUUAAAACAGCAGCAGCUUCAGCAGUCUCGAAUGGAUUACAAUUG